AUGUUAGGAUCGUCUUACAUUAAAUUGCCACAUGCGAUAAUUAAGAAAAAAGCUUGUAUCAACGUUAAAAAUUAUGACAACGCAUGUUUCGCUUGGGCUAUUGUUUCAGCACUUUGUCCAGUUAAUGAAAAUUCUGAUCGUAUAACGCAAUAUCCUCAUUAUGAUUUUGAUGUUCAUCCAACAUAUUUAACAAAAAGCAAGAAAAAUCAACAUGUAAAUCUUCUUUUAAUACAAAAUAUAUAUUAUAAUGAUGAUAAUUUCCAAAAUGAUGUCGAGCACAGUUCCGUGGGGGUUCAGUAUCACUUUGUUUGGAUCAAGGAUUUAUCGAGACUUCUUUCUUCACAGCUUUCUAAGCAUAAUGGUAAAAAACAUUUUUGCGAUAGAUGUCUUCAUUAUUUUAAUUCUGAAGCUAAUUUAAUGGCGCAUUUGAAAGAUUGUACCAGUCUCAACAAUUUAAGUGAUAAUAGUAAGAAAUAUCAAGAGCAUGUUCCUUGUAGUAUAGGUUAUUAUGUAAAAUGUGAAUAUGAUCCCACGUUGUCGUUUUAUAAAUCAGUUCGUGGCCCCAAUUGCAUUACUUGGUUUGUUAAAGAACUUGAAAAAUUUGCUGAGGACGUGGAAACUGUAUUUCUUUGUCCUUUACCUAUGGAUAAAUUGACUGAGGAACAAAACAAAGACUUUGAAUCAGCGAAACUCUGCCACAUUUGUGAAGGCAAAUUUGAUCACUCUGAUCAAAAAGUAAGAGACCAUUGUCACCUUACGGGUAAAUUCCGGGGUCCAGCACAUGAGGGAUGUAAUUUAAAUUUUCAAGAUAGUCACACAAUUCCAAUUGUUUUUCAUAAUUUAAGUGGUUAUGACUCACACUUUAUAAUAAAGAAUUUAGCAACUGAUUUACAAGGAAGGGUAGAUUUAUUGCCAAUAAACAAGGAACGAUAUAUAUCUUUUACAAAACAGAUAGAAGAUUUUGCAAUCAAAUUUCGAUUUAUUGAUUCUUUUCGUUUUAUGAGUUGUAGUUUAGAUACUCUUGCAUCAUAUUUGAACUCAUAUCCAAUUUUAGAAUCUGAGUUUAAAGAUAUGAAUAUUGAACAAAUUAAUUUACUAAAGAGAAAAGGUGUCUACCCUUAUGACUAUUUUGAAAAUUUCGACAUAUUUUUAGAAAAUCGACUGCCCUCGAUUGAUAAAUUUUAUAAUAAAUUAAACAACUCUGCUAUAAGUGAGAAAGAUUAUAUACACGCCCAAAAAGUGUGGCAAACACUUAAAAUUAAAAAUUUAGGUGAAUAUUCCGAUCUAUAUCUCAAAACUGAUGUACUCCUCCUAGCGGAUACCUUUGAACAAUUUCGUUUAAGCUGCCAUCAAACAUAUAGCUUGGAUCCAGCCCAUUAUUAUACGUUGCCAGGGUAUACUUGGGACUGUAUGCUUAAAUAUUCAGAUAUUACCUUAGAACUUCUUACUGACAUCGAUAUGCUUAUGUUUGUUGAACGAGGUAUACGUGGGGGAUUAAGUCAAUGCACUAAACGCUAUUCUAAAGCUAAUAACAAAUAUAUGUCUGAUUACAACCCCUCAAUACCUUCAAAAUACUUAAUGUAUAAUGACAUUAAUAACCAGUAUGGAUGGGCUAUGUCACAGCCCCUUCCAGAAGGUGAGUUUAAAUGGUGCGAUACUGUGGCAAAUUUUAAAGUGGAGUCUAUUAUAGAUAGUUCUCAAAUUGGUUAUUUUUUUGAAGUGGACUUAGAAUAUCCGCAAGAAAUUCAUAAUUUGCACAAAGAUUUACCAUUUUGUCCGGAACAUAUUUCUGCCCCUCAUUCAAAGCAAAAAAAAUUGCUUGCUACUUUAAACAAUAAAUCAAGAUAUAUAAUUCAUUAUCGGAAUUUAAAGCAAGCAAUUAAAAACGGGUUAAAAGUUUUGAAGAUUCACAGAAUACUGCAAUUCAAACAAUCGCCAUGGUUAAAAUCAUACAUUGAUCUGAACACAAAGCUUCGAACACAAGCAAGAAAUGAUUUUGAAAAAAAUCUUUUUAAAUUAAUGAAUAAUGCGGUUUUCGGUAUGUCUAUUUUAGACUUAGCAAAAACAACAAUUUAUGAUUUCCAUUAUGAUUAUAUGCUUCCACAAUUCAAUAAAAACUGUACCAUUUGCUACACUGACACGGAUUCGUUAAUAUAUGAAAUUAAUUGCCCUGAUUUAUAUGAAAUUAUACGAAGAGAUUGCCAUUUAUAUUUCGAUACCAGUGACUAUUCGAUUGAUAAUAAAUGGGGUAUUCCUCUUGUAAAUAAAAAAGUAUUGGGUCUAAUGAAAGAUGAAAACAAUGGAAAAAUUAUGACUGAGUUUGUAGGUCUAAGAUCUAAAAUGUACGCCAUUCGAGUAGAAGGAAAUGAAAAUUUAAAAAAGAUUACUUAG